CAAGCUUUAUAUUUUAUGAGUCUAAAAGGAUGAAAGUUUAACUCUUGAGUGGUUAUUCAAAGUAUUAAGUAUGUGUAUAUAUUAGAUAUAUAGCUAAUUAUUUAUCUGGUUAAUUUGGUUUGGCUGGCUAGGAGUGCCUGAAACCAAACCAAACCACCUAAACCAAACAAGCUAAAAACUUUAACCAAACCAAACCAAUUAUCCAAAUUAACCAAACCAAAUUAUCCAAAUAGUACUGGUUAAAACGGUUACCAUGGUAACCACACCGUUUGAACACCCCUAACCGUUCAAGUUCGGUCACUCUCCGUUAGUCUCCAUUAACUUUAUCUGACGUGGCAGUCAACUCUGAGAGUUGACCGUUAAAUAAGUGACGUGCCCAUUAAAAAAAUGUAAAAAUAAAAAUUAUUAUUUAAAAAAUUCCACUUCAUUAUCACAAUAAAUUAAAAAAUAAAUAAUAAUUACAAUAUCAAAAAAUGCAAAAUUGAAAAAAAAAUCCUUAUUUUUGUCAUCUCGCUUGAGCCAUUCUGAUCCAGGGAUAGUUACAACUCCAUGGCCCCCGCUCCCGGUCUUCCACACCUUCCAAUCCAUUAUCAUCGUCGAUCAAUCAAUUCCUUCUCUCGCGGGUUUACAUUUUUCAAAGCUUCGGAUUCGGGCUAAAAUGGAGCUUUUGGUGAUCGUGACUUCUCAGGGGACGUUUUGUGGCGGCGGGGAGUUGGUGCCUUGCAGGGAGCUGAGAUUUUGCGUACCCACAAGGAACAGAGCCCCUCUCAACCUCUUCGAUCAAAAUUCCUGUCGUAGAUGCAGACUUCUCGCCUACAGCUCACCCUCACCACCUCCGCCCAAUCUGAACUCGUCCGGUCCGAUAGCUUUCCCGUUCACGAGCUCGCGAAAAGACCCAAUUUGAUUAAUAGAGUAAGGCUAUUUGUUGGGUUGGCGUUGGAUGUGGUCUCUGAUUCUCGUUCGCCAAAUCCGCCGCCGCCCAGUUGCUUCUGGCGAAAACACAGCUCCCCUGUUCCCCAUUCCGGUAGCCGCCACGAUUGACAGCUCCGAUUGCUGAAGAAGCCACAAGAUUGUCUCUCCAUCGAUUUUAUGACCCAAUUCUGAGUCAGCUGGAUGAUUUGUGCAACGCAAAGAGCUAGCAUCCGAAUCCUUCUUCCUCUUCCGUCCUCUUUUCUUUUCACUGCAGCAUACAUCGACGAGCAGCAUGGCUGCAAAUAUAUAUAGGGUUCACAAUUCCCUUUACAGUCACCUAGGAAAAGCGAAUAACCUACUUAGUCCUCA